UCGAUCCUACCCAUAAAUUAGAGGGUCAAACUGAAUGCAUCACUCGUCCUCUCCUCUCGAUUGCAUGCCAACAUGAGAGAAGCAAUUCAAUUCAUGGCUUUCAUUCCUCUUUCUGCUCGUUAAGCCCAAAAAGUAAUUAGUCAUAAUCUCAGCUUCACCAUCAUCAACCACUCUCGAAGCCCAGAAAGCACACACAAGGAGUUCUUCUGUGGCUUCUGUUCCAACUUUAAUUGACGUCGCACACCCGAAGCUAACGAACGAAGUGGACUCCUUGACCAGUGAUUGAUUUGGAUAAUGUCUGAAUCAAGUUUCGAUCUCUUUUGAGGAAGCAGGUAUUUGGAGAGGAGAUUGUAAAGAUGUCAAGACCGAUGUUGCUUGUUUUCUUGUUGCUCGUAUUGAUAAUCACCUCACAAUUUGAGUGGAAGCAACAACUUGUGAGUGAUAUUGAUGCUACUCCAAGUGUAUCUCCAAAGCAACAACAAAUUUCCAAGAGGGAAGAAGUUAAAGAGAAGAUAAUCUUAUCGCAAGAAAAGAACAUUCAGAGACUCAAUGAGCUUGUCCGGAGUCUUAAGGAACAAUUGCUACAAUGUCGGAGUACUAAUGAGACUAUGAAUGGAUCUAUGAAUUCUUUGAGUGAAAAUGUUAUCGAGCUUGAGCGACAGCAAAUUCUGGAAGAUUAGAAGGGACUUUGAAAUUCCCUUUUAUCAUUCGGUAUGGUAUACUACGACACCAAUUUCUUUGCCAGGGCUUUUCUUUGCAGCUUUUGUGUGUUAACUUUAGCAUCAUUUCCAAUUAACCGAAACUUCUCAAAAGUGUCACAAGGUCCAGCAUUCCCCUUUGAUGUCGAUGUCGAUGUCGAUGUCGGUGCAUACAGCAGCGUCUGCUGAUCAAUGCUUCGUUUGGUCUGUCUGAUUCAGAACCUUGGUACAAUUGCAAGGUGAUCUUUCUGGAAAAUUGAAGUCUUGAGAAUUUGACUUGCUAGAAAGAAACUUUAGAUGAUCUAGGAGAAUAUAUUAUCUCAAAGUGAUUGGUAUCAAUGUCAUUUUAAUUCCAAUUAUAUGACAGCACUUUCGCAUUGUUGUGGGUUUAAAGAAGCAGUUGUUUGGAUUGUGAAACGGAAGCCUCUGUGGAGCUGUGUUUGUAAUGAUAUAUGGUAAUUAAUUACAGGAGUUGAAGAA